GAAGCCAAGAAGCCCCAUCUUAUCUUUGGCUCUACAACUCCUACUCCAAGACCUAGACCUACAUUGAAUGUCACGUCUCUUCAGAUCAAGACCACUUCUCAAACCACUCUUGAACCCCGCCCAACUUCGAUCUUUUCACUUCACAGCUACCAAAAUGACUACCGGAGUCUUUCACUACAUCGACCCUGCAUCAAGCACUGAUGCCACCGGCAACCUAGUCAAGCCUUGGGCAAAGGUCGACGUCGACGUUUCUUCCUUCCAGCGCAAGCUCGUCAAGCGUGAAGUCGUCGACAUUCGCAGCGCAGCCAGUCUCAAAGCCUUCGACGUUGAUCUUUCUGGCUUCGACGUUUUCAAGUCCCCCGCCAAAGAAACCGAAUUCACUGAUGAAUCUGCGGUGAGAAAUGGUUAUUACGCCGAGGUUGAUGCGCUUCUGAAGGAGAGGAUCCCGGCAAUCAAGAAAAUCGUUAUUUUUGAUCACACCAUCCGCAGGCGUGAAAAGACCAGCCCCAGACAGCCUGUCCAACAAGUCCAUGUCGAUCAAACGCCCGGCGCGGCGGAAGCCCGUGUCCGACGACACACCGACCCGUCCGAGGCAGAGGAGCUUCUCAAGGGCCGCUACCAAAUCAUCAAUGUCUGGCGACCCAUCGGCCACCCCGCUACCGACUUUCCCCUCGCUGUGAUCGACUACCGAAGUACCAAGCCAGAGGACAUGAUCAAGGUCGAUCUUCUGUACCCCAACCGCGACGACAAUGACGACGAUGAUCGUGGAAAGGAAGUCCUGCCUGACGAGGGGACCUUGAAGUCCACAGAGGGCUACACCGUCAAGGGCGAGACAUAUUCCGUUGCAGCGAAUCCCGAACACAAGCUCUACUACGCCAAGGAUAUGACCCCUGACGAGGUUAUGCUGAUCAAGUGCUUCGACUCCAAGAGUGAGGUUCAUGAGGGUGGGAAGCAUGGUAUCGCUGGAUAUACGCCUCAUACUGCAUUUGUGGAUCCCGACACGCCAGAAGAUGCUCCUGGACGACAGAGCAUUGAGGUUCGAUGCUUGGUGUUCUACUAAAAGCAUGGGUAGGCGACUGAUUGAAUGAUGGAAUAGAUUGUUAGCGUUAUGAAUAAUGAAGUAUUGUUAGAGUGUUCAAUUCAUCAUGUGAUCCAUGCACUCAUAAUCGUCUCAGCAGGCUCACGCACAAUAAGCCCUUGCUCAACUCCAGUCAAUGAUGAUGACGACAAC